UUUUUUUUUUUUUUUUCCCUCGAGGACUAACUAGUCCGGUAGUUAGUAGAUAGGACUUUUCCGUUUGCUGAUUUGAUUCCGAGGAACAAGGCCCAUUUGGUUUAAGACAUUGUGGGUGACCGAGUGAGCACCAACCGGGGUUUAUUUGUUGUGGAUUUAGUCAUAGGGGCGGACCACAUGGAGGGGGACACUUGGGUUAUGGGCUAUGUAGAUACCUGCCUAGUAGGCGCUGCGGGAUAUUUGGUUGCUCAUGAAGAUUUUAAGCGAGCACGAGAUUUAGUAGCACCUUGGGUCUGGGGAAGAUUGAAGAAGGGAGAAAAAAGGGGAGAGUUUUCUUAGUUUUAUGUGGAUGAGCGCACCCUUCUCCAUGAUCAACCCCAAGGAUUUCCCUGUUUUCUUGCAGUGUCAGGGACAGACCGGGCAGCGCUAGACGAGUAACUCACUAAGGACUACUAGUGUCUUGCUCGGGGUGCUUAGUGGCCCAAAGCAGCGCCUGCCGAUAAGGAACAGCAAGAAAUCAGAAAGCAGAAUUCAACGGAGGGAAUUAACUUUGGGUGGAGUGGGGCAGGGCCCUGCUUAGAGACUAGCGCACUAGUAGGGGUCCUGGGGCAGAUCAGGGAUUCGUCCAUUGAGAGCUUCCCAAUCCAGAAAGAACGACGGAUCCUGCAUGGAAGUUCUCCCGUACCGUGAUGGUAAAUAC